CGGCUCGCCCCCGCCCUCCUCUGAGGCCAACGAGGCACAGGCGCCGCACCGCCCUCUCACGCCCUUCUCUGCUCCGGCCCUCCCUUCGGGUCUAGCUCCGCCCCUUCCGCGUUCCCGACAGAGACCAGCAGGUAGGGGUGCGCGCCGCCGCGGUCGCCCGCGCUCUGCCAAGGUAAAAGCGAGACUGCCCGCGCGUCGCUCGGAGCAGGACUGGGCUUUCAUGACAGAUAAGACGAAGUAGAAGCUGAUGGAGAACUGAAGAACAGUGGCUGAGCGCAGCAGCCAGUGACACACUUCCUGUGGGAAACACCACCCCUACAGCAGCAGUACUUCCCUUGGAAUUUCAAGUUCACAGAAACUUUAGUUUCAAAAACAACCCUCUUUCAAGUUGUUUACAAGGGCAGUCUUAACCGAUUGUCCCUUCUGGUGUCUCCUCUUCCAUUGAGAUUCAUGCAGAAUAGCCCAGAGAUGGGCAGCAGCGAGCCCCUUGCCAUCGCAGACAGUGACAAGAGGAGGAAGAAGAAGCGGAAGGCCCGGGCCACUGACUCCUUGCCAGGAAGGUUUGAAGAUAUGUACAAGCUGACCUCUGAGUUGCUGGGAGAGGGAGCCUAUGCCAAAGUUCAAGGCGCUGUGAGCCUGCAGACGGGCAAAGAGUAUGCUGUCAAAAUCAUAGAAAAACAAGCAGGGCACAGUCGGAGUCGGGUAUUCCGAGAGGUGGAGACGCUUUAUCAGUGUCAAGGAAACAAGAACAUUUUGGAGCUGAUUGAAUUCUUUGAAGAUGACACAAGGUUUUACUUGGUCUUUGAGAAAUUGCAAGGAGGCUCCAUCCUAGCCCACAUCCAAAGACAGAAGCAUUUCAAUGAACGAGAAGCCAGCCGAGUGGUGCGAGAUGUUGCUGCUGCUCUCGACUUCCUGCAUACCAAGGGCAUUGCUCACCGUGAUCUGAAGCCUGAAAAUAUAUUGUGUGAAUCUCCAGAAAAGGUAUCCCCAGUGAAGAUCUGUGACUUUGACCUGGGCAGUGGGAUGAAACUCAACAGCUCCUGCAUGCCCAUAACCACACCAGAGCUGACCACUCCAUGCGGCUCUGCAGAGUACAUGGCCCCAGAGGUGGUAGAGGUCUUCAGGGAUGAGGCCACGUUCUACGACAAGCGCUGUGACCUGUGGAGCCUGGGUGUGGUCCUCUACAUCAUGCUGAGCGGCUACCCACCCUUUGUGGGUCACUGUGGGGCUGACUGUGGCUGGGACCGGGGAGAGGUGUGCAGAGUGUGUCAGAACAAGCUGUUUGAGAGCAUCCAGGAAGGCAAGUAUGAGUUUCCUGACAGGGACUGGGCUCACAUCUCCAAGGAAGCCAAAGACCUCAUCUCCAAGCUCCUGGUUCGAGAUGCGAAGCAGAGACUCAGUGCUGCCCAGGUUCUGCAGCACCCUUGGGUGCAGGGGCAAGCUCCAGAAAGGGGACUCCCCACGCCGCAGGUCCUCCAGAGGAACAGCAGCACCAUGGAUCUGACACUCUUUGCGGCUGAAGCCAUCGCUCUUAACCGCCAGUUGUCUCAGCACGAGGAGAACGAACUGGCCCAGGAACCAGAGGCACUGGCUGAGAGCCUCUGCUCUGUGAAGCUUUCUCCACCCUCUAAGUCUCGCCUGGCCCGCCGGCGGGCCCUGACCCAGGCGGGCCGAUGUGGAGAGGAAGGCCACCCCUGACUGCUGCUGAACUCUGAGCUGCUCCAGUCACGUGUUCCGGCCUAGACCCAUCGGGGCCUUGCCCCCCAGAAACCUGUGAGACCAGAGUCUGAGGAGCAGGCUGAGGGGCCUUCUCUCUGGCUCCAGUCAAGCCUUCUCCAUCCACAAAGGCCAGGCAGUUCCCACCCAACCCCCAUUUCCCCAGGGUCCUUGGAGGAAAAAGCUUUUUCCGAAGGGGUUGUCUUUGAAAAGGAAAGCAAUCACUUGUCACUUUGCAUAAUCGCCUGCAGCAGGGGCAUCUUUUUCUGGGGCUCCACCUGCUCACCUGCCUGCGGAUCCCUAGCCGGCUCCUCUGGAAGUGGCAGCUGGGACCACAGCCUUCAGGGAGCCACCUUCAGGAAGCAGAGCUGUGGGCUGACAGUGGCUGC